GCAUUGUCAACAUCGAUGUCCAUGAAGCACGAUCUGAUAGUUUUGGAGAUUACAUUGAUGGGUUAUUUUCAUAAAGUAGGUUCUUCAGAAAUUUGCUAUGAACAUUUAAAUUAAAAGUCUUAAAAUUAUAAUUAUUAGACAUUUUUUUGUGACUUUCGUUGACCCUCGAACUUGUGACUGUUUCCAGGCCUCUGUAAACCACGGCCACGAAACCAAAACAAAUAUGGCGAAAAUUUACGUUGCGAAGUUCACUGGCGAAGUUUCAGUAUUUGGCCGCUACAAAAUUAACUUAAGCAAAGUUUAAACAAGUAAAAAGCGUUUUGUGUGUAACGUGGACAAAAUGGCAGUGAGGGAAACGUUAAAUAAAAUUGUUAAAAUAGUGGAUCCUGCAAUGAGAGUACCAUUUAUUUUUGCCAUUGACUGGUUUUUGAGCACAUUUGAUUAUAGCAGUCUGUAUUCAUUCUGCAAGUCUUCACCAGGUAUUAUUAUAAUAAUUAUAAUCUAUUAAUGACAAUGGUUUACAAUUACAAAAUAUAUAUAAAAAUAGAAUUAAUACUUCUGGCUACAUGACUCCAAUUAAUUGGUUAAUAAUAAUUAAUUUUUAAUAAUUAACGUGGCUUAAUUAUAUUUUUUAGGCUUAGUGUUGUUGCUACCGUUAUUAUUGAUUGCUACACAUGACAAUCUUCUUUUUAUAUAUGGUUUUUUUAUCAGCCUUGAAAUCAUUAUUGUCCUAGCAUUUUUUACUAUUGGAGACUAUUUCCCAGCAUUUCAAGAUGUCAUAUUAACUGUGGACAGAAAAAAGCUUUUUCUUGAUGCGUUAAUACUCUAUCCAAGCCUAAUAUUUGUUGUUGGUAUUGAAAGUGCAUUAUUAAGUAACCUUCGGACACCAUUUUUCUUGGUCGUGUUGGCGAUCGUCACUGGCAUUCUCUGUAAACUUAACUAUGGUUUUAUGCUAGCGUUUUGGUAUUUUAUGACCUGUGAAUUUUUUGGCUUACACAAGAAAUUAAAACAGUCUUUCCAUGAGGCUUCACACUUGGCCAAUAACUUUGGGUAUUUAAACAUUUUCAUAUACUACUUCCGCAUUAGAAGAAUAAAAUUGGUUUUAAGACUUUUCUGGUUGUUUGCAGUGAUAAUGAACUUUUUAUUCGAAGCACAUGCAAAAUUGAACAUCACCUGGUUUUUGAUAUGCACUGGUGCUGCGUCUAAUACCAAUUUACGACUUUUUGGGCUGGCACUUUGGUUACCAGAAAUAUCUUACACCAUACUUUGGAUUGCUCGAGCGCUGCUGACUUGGUCGGUGAGUCAUACAGCAGAUGAUUUAGAACCACGAGAUAUGGGAAAGGCGCUGGUUUUUUAUUUUAUUGCCAGUUUUAACUCAGUUUUAGAUGUGGAUAUCAUUCAGCGAGUAUUCUUUAUUGCACUAAUGCUGUUCAUCACCUUCUCGUAUAUUCUUCAAAGUGUUUUCAAACUAUGUGACGAGACAUUAAAGGCCCUGUCAACAUCACUACAUAACAACCUCCUAGCUCACAUCAGAGCAAUUGCGCUAACACUGUCACUAAUUUGGGUUCUUUUAUACACAAGUUGGAUGUUUUGUACACUGUUUUCUUUCCGAGUUUGGCAACUUGUUGUCGUUUCCUCAAAUGUUGUGACAGCUGUUCAAGCGAUGGGCAGCCUGGCUAUUUAUGCCUUGUUUGUUUACGACUUAAAAUCUUUGAAUAAACUUGAACAAUUAGAUGAUUGGGUGUAUUACCUUAAUGCUGUCUCAAACUCGUUGGAAUUCUCAUCUGCAUUCCUGGUGCUGAGCUUCGGAGUUUGGGAUGUAUUCCAUGGCAGCUGGAGUAUUUUUGGUAAGGUGCUUUAAUUUAACUUAUAAUGGCCAGAGUUAUGACAGAAACAGAUCAUCUGUCAAGACACAUCAUUUGUCUAACGUGUAAUCUGCCCAUACCUCCCCCAUGAAGGAAAUUGGAAGUUACCCCCCCCCCCAUCCCCUUCUGAUGUCCUAAUACACUUACUAUUAUCAGAAACAAAUUGUCCUCUCCCUCCGGACUACUGAAAUUUCCUCCUUGGGGGCAGGGUUGAUUUUCUCUGCCCUCCCCCUAUGACAUCAUCAUUGUAAAAUGGAAGAAGGGGUGUUUUAUAAUAUACUGGAAAAUACAUGCAUGCAAAAACCCAUCACCGAAAGAAAUGAAGGGCUUUGGGGGUUCCUUUUGAACUGAGCCCUCCCCUGUCCCCCAUACAACCGGUCCCAGAUAAUUUGAUUUCAUAUGAACUACUCCUUUUGAAACAGGUCUUGUGGUAAUAGUGAUUCAUACCUAUUACAACGUAUGGCUGACGGCCAGAAACGGUUGGAAGGUCUUCCUAAGCCGACGUACAGCUGUAACAAAACUAAACCGUCUUGCUGACGCCACUCAAGACCAGCUUAAAGAUCUGCAAGACCUCUGCGCGAUUUGUUUCGACUCCAUGUCGAGCGCAAAGAUCACACAAUGUGGACAUUACUUUCACUCGAAUUGUCUGCGAAAAUGGCUAUAUAUACAGUCCUCGUGUCCGCUAUGCCAUCAAGAUGUGUUGAUCAGUAGCAAUGAAGAGGAUUGACAACUACUGCAAAGUUUGCAAAGGCUGGCCGCGGUUGGUUAACGUGCAGUGUACGUCUAGACCGCGGUUGCUUAACAUGUAUAGCGUGCGUCAAACCGCGGUUGGUUAACGUGCAUUGUGCGUCUAAACCGCGGUUGGUUAACGUAUAUUGUGCCUCUAAACCGCAGUUGGUUAACAUGCAUUUUGCGUCAAACCACGGUUGGUUAACGUGCAUUGUGCGUCAAACCGCGGUUGGUUAAUUAACAUGCAGCGUGCGUCAAACCGCGGUUGGUUAACGUGUGCGUCUAGACCGCGGUUGUUUAAAUAAGAUGUAGUUGUAAACUGCUUGUACAUCAUACUUCUUAAAAUAUGCCUGGAUCUUCAUCAGUGCAAUAAUAUUAUUUGCACAGAUGAAAAUGCAAGUACGUAACUAAUAAGUACUAACUUUUUAAAAAGUUACACAGUCAUAGAAGAAUAAAAUCAAAAUUGCAACUUUCAUUUACUUGACAAUCAAUACAAUCACAUAGACGUUACAUACUAAGAUUUUCGAUAUCACUAGUUUCCCCCAUCAAACUCAAAACCAAGAGAAAUUUGACAGUGUUAACUAGCGUAGGGAGUUCAAAUUAGUUCAUGAUUACUUCAAUUAUUUUUUAUUUAUUCUUUUGACAUUGAUGUUCUUGUGGUGUUCUCUUUGUUUGCCAAUGACACGAUCUCUGAGAUACAAAGCAGACAAGCCAAGGAGUGGUACAGCAGUAGGCAUAUCUGGGUAGAGGCCAAUGGAACCAGCAAUAUCAAUGUGCACAUAUGGUAACUGCGUGGCAGAGUCCAAGCCAUGCUGCGAAUGAUAAACACGAGUUAGGUUAUAGUUAUUCAUGAAUGUGGUUUAACCUACCUCAAUCUAUGAAGAACCACAAUCUAUGAAGAACCACAAAAAAAAAUAAUUUGUGGGUAAAGCUCGAUUGCUGAAGAGUGGAGAUUAUUGAAAUGAAUAGUCCGUUACUACAUUCAUGUAAUCUCAGAAUCUAAAACGUAGGUUGGUGCAGAGUGGUGGUCGAAUUUUUGAGAUUUUGGUUAGAAUGAGGCCCCAAGGGUUAGAACGUGGACGCGGGCUAGACCUAAAGCUAAGAUGUUGUCCUAUAACGUGAAAAUAACCAGACACCAUAUACCAUGCAUGAUUCUCAUCAUCCUACGUUAAUCCAGCGCCCUGGUUAAUCUGACUAUAGAUUCCAC